UUGUCAGUUUUCAAACAGCUGCGGUCGGAAAAUCAUUGUGAAAAAUAUGUUGAAAAGUGGGUGGGAGGGAGCAAAAUAAAAUAAAAAGUGCGUUUAAUUUAUAUUAUAUAGUGAUAAAAUCGCAAUAAAUACCUAAGUGCCAACCUAUUUGGAAAGAAUAAAAUCAAGAAGAGUGAAAAUAAUUACGGAAAAAUUCGAAUUUUCCUUUUUGUGGAGUUAUUAAAAUUUUAUAAUACGUGUGAUCUUAACGUUCUAUGUGCAACGAGGUGCGUGCGUUGUCGAUCGCGAUGAUGGAAGAACUAGCAGAGGAGGUACAGCUCCGUUUUCCGGGGGAAAAAGUAAAUGCGCCCUUGCUUAUAACUAUUUACUACGCCGCCAGAUUGGAUCAUGCCAAACGGCUACUAGCCGCCACCAAUGAUAUACACAACAGAGAGCUGGUCAAUUAUUUAGUGAAUUUGAAAUUCGAUGAAGUCGACGGACAAGCAGUUACGCCGCUCACCAUGGCCGCUAUGGUGGGCCAUGUGACGUUCGUUAAGACGCUGCUCACCCAAUACGACAUCGACCUGGAGCGCGAGUGCAAUGUCGUUUUUGACGGUCUGCUGGUUUAUGGGGCCACUGCGCUCUGGGUUGCCGCCGGCAUGGGCCAUUUGCAAGUAGUCAAGUUAUUGGUGCAACGCGGUGCCGAUGUCAAUCACAAUACAAAAGCGCAAUCGUCACCACUUCGUGCUGCAUGCUAUGAAGGUCGCCUGGAUAUAGUUAAAUAUCUAAUUGAACAUGGCGCCGAUGUGAACUUAGCCAACACCUAUAAUAACACAUCUAUUAUGAUUGCCGCCUACAAAGGGCACGCCCAUGUUGUCGACACGUUGCUGAAGAACGGCGCAAAUCCAAAUGAGCAGGCGCUUUGUGGUGCCACAGCGCUGCAUUAUGCUGCUGAGUGUGGGCACCUCGAAGUGUGCCGUCUGUUGCUUGACCAUGGCGCUCGCAUGCAAAAAAACGAGCAUGGGCUCACACCUGUUCUGCAAGCGGCCGAGCGUACACAUGAAGCGGUGGUGGAGAUGUUUAUUUCACGCCCGGGACUGAUGACAAAAGAUGAGACAAUAAUUGCAAUCGAGCUAAUGGGUGCCUCAUUUGCUAAUGACAAGGACAACUAUGACGUCACGAAAGCUUAUCAGCAUUUGAUGCGCGCCAUGGAGAUGCGCUACGCGGACGAACAAAAAGUGAUACGUAAACGCGUAAUGGCACCGGUGCCCGCCUACGACGAUUGGUUCGAAACUGAAAAUAUACCCGAAUUGCAGGCCAUACGACUGAACCACCAUUCGAUACACAUGGAGGCAUUAACGAUACGCGAACGCAUUUUGGGUAAACAUUAUCCGGACUUGCCGCAGCCCAUUGUGUAUCGAGGUGCAGUAAUGGCCGACCAAGGACGCUUCGCACAGUGCCAAGUAUUGUGGAAUUACGCUAUCGAUCUGCGCAUGAUCAAUAAUGUUUCAGUCGAACGCGACUUGCUACGUUUUGCACAAUUAUUUUCACAGAUUCUACGGCUGGAGGAACAAACGUUGGACCUUUCGAUUGUGUUAUCUGUGCUGGUGAAGUGUCAGCAAGAAAUCGAGAAUAACAAAUAUAAAAUAGCGCAUCCCGGACCUAAGGAUGUACCGCAGAUGUUGGCGGAUCAAAAUGAACAAAACGUCGUCACUGCCCUCUACCUCAUCAAGAUAAUUACUAAACUCUUAGCGCACACCAAUAUCGAUAUACAACGACCUCAAAUCGAGCAACUCUACUCAACCAUAUUGAAAUUUAUCAAAUGCGAUACUCGUCUGGCGGAUGGCCAGACUUUGUUACAUUUGGCUGUGAACGGCGUGACGCCUGUUGAUGAUUUCUAUACAAGUGAUAUAUGCCGUUUCCCUUGCUUCCGCACUGCAUUGCUGUUGGUGCACGUAGGCGCCUCAGUUACGGCUGUCGAUCGUGAUCGCAAUACGCCCCUGCAUACGCUCGUUUCAAGUAUACAGUAUCCACGCGAUAAUCCACACGUUGUGACGCAAGCCGAAAAGAUUGUGAAACUUUUUGUGGAUGCCGGUGCACAUUUGGAUGCGGUGAAUGCGAACGGCUUGACGGCAGCACAAGUUGGUAAUGCAGCUGCUAUUAGCAACCUUAUACUCAGCUACCAGAAUUCAUUGACGUCCUUGAAAUGUAUUGCCUCGCGUUGUAUCGCUUUCCACAAGCUUAAAUACCAGGGUUUCAUACCUAAGGCGUUGGAAGCUUUUAUACAAAUGCACAGCGCCGAAAAAUUCUGCGCGUAAGCGUUGCUGCAGUUGGUGCUUUUGGCGCGGCAAUCGAGUGAAGUGAGUGUGGCCCGUAGAAGUGGUUGGGCUGA